UGUAAAUCCCGCGUCAACUGCUGUUCGUUAUAUAAUGAUACAAUUCACGGAAACUUUCAAAUUCUCAGAAGCAAUUAUCACAUGCGCUUCUCCCCAUGCUAUCCACAAGAUUCCAUAAACAUCGGAUGCUUGAUCAUUGAUUCUAGCAUAACCACGGGAUUUUCUUUAAUUUAUGCAAAAAGAUAGUUUUCGCACGCCACAUUAUAAUUCCAUGAUGAUCUCCACAGCAGAUGGAAAUUGAUAUAAUUUCUUGUACAUGUAAUUUUCAACUUCCAUCCUUUUACCUUGUACAUCACUUCUUGUUUUCUAUACCUCAAUUUAAUUUAUCAACGCCAAUUAAGAAAGAGAAAUCUGAGAAAAAUAUGCCGACUCCCGAUGAGCCCACGUCGAAAACGGUGGCAGAAUCGUCUCAGUCGGCGGCAACGCCGGCGACCGGCGAUUUGGAGAAUCAAACGCUGGGAAGGGGUACCGGAAUUUCGAACAUCGUACGACGGUGGAAGAGAGAGGAUCUUCUCAAGAGAGGGUCCUUGGGUUUGCGAGGCUUCGGUUUGCUUUUUUCAUUGCUGGCUUUCAUUAUAAUGGCUAGUAAUAAGCAUGGGGAUUGGAGGGAAUUUGAUAAAUACGAGGAAUACAGGUAUGUAUUGGCAAUAGCAAUUCUUUCAUCGUUGUACACUGGAUUACAGAUUUUGAGGCAGAUUCAAGAACUCUCCACCGGUCGAGAAAUGAUUUCGCCGAAAAAUAUGUUGAUUGUGGACUUUUUUGGAGAUCAGAUUGUGGCAUACUUAUUGAUAUCAGCAGCUUCAUCCGCAGUGCCCUUGACUAAUAGAAUGAGAGAAGGGGCAGAUAACAUAUUUACAGAUUCUUCUGCAUCAGCAAUCAGCAUGGAAUUCUUUGCCUUUUUCUUACUUGCACUGUCGGCUAUGAUUUCGGGAUAUAAACUCUCAAACCAAUCCUAUAUCUGAUAUACUCCUAUUUCGAUGAAAUUGUUUCAUUGUUUUGUCUGUAUACCACUUCAAUACACUUGUAUACUUAAAUUCAUGUUUAUAACAGAAUGCUUUUCUUUCCGUUUCUCAUUGUAUAGUGGGUGAAUUAAGAUCCUGUAGGGGAGAAUUUUUCAUGAUGUUCUAAACUGUAAAGGUUCUUUUAUAAAUAAAAUGAUUGCUUUCUCUCUUUACUGUAUA